AUGGUGAACCUUUUUGACCUGAAUGUAGGGAUGGCAGGAAAUAGGCUGCUUACUGAUAAACCGCAUCGAGAUGGUUUGCCUCUGCCAAGUAGCCGAUCCCAUGUAGCAAGGAUGAGUCCAUCUUCUGACCAAGUAGAGGACCAAGUGAUGGAAUCUGAGAUGAGGAGAAAUUGUUCAAGCAGGAAAUCAAAUGGCACACCCAUGAAGGCGCUCAUAGCCCUAGAGAUGUCCAAGGAAGUGGAAUCUAAUCACAGUCCAACUAAUGUGGUAGCUAAGUUGAUGGGUCUGGAUGCUCUUCCACAACAGCAACCUAAUUCAGCUACACAAAGAAGCUAUUACAGAGGUUACUCUCCAAUUCAUUCAGAUAUACCGAUGGGUUGCUGGGAGCAACAGAAUGAGUUCUUUCAAUAUGCAGAACCAAAUGAAUACAAAGAUGUUUAUGAAAUACAACAACAAUCUCCGAAAACAAACUGUGCAAGAGAUAAAUCACCACUUCAGUCCAGAUAUGAUGAAACUAUGGAUGACAGAAAGAUAGCUGUUCGUCAGAAAUUCAUUGAAGCCAAACGCUUGUCUACAGAUGAAAAACUUCGCCAGUCUAAGCAAUUCCAAGAUGCAUUAGAAUAUUUAAAUUCCAAUAAAGAUUUAUUCCUGAAAUCUAUGCAAGAAUCAAAUCCAGUGUUUUCUCCGCUUUGUAACCAUCUGCAGCAGUCCAUUCCUCCUGAGACAAAGCGAAUUACAAUCCUUAGACCUUCUAAGAAGGUGAAUGAUAAUCAUUUUUCUGGAGAAGGGAAUAUAAAUGAAAAAAAGAUGAAGGGUGCCUGUGUGGGGAAGUUGAAUGGGUUAGAGAAAUGCCAUCCGGGACCUUCCCCUCCAGCAAAUUGGAACAUUGAUGAACAUCGUACACAACCAACCCGAAUAAUAGUUCUGAAACCAAGCCCUGUGAAAUCGCACAAUGUAAAGGCCAUGGGGCCUUCACUUUCCGAAUCACCAAGGAUGUUAAGUGAAGACUUUUUUGGGGACGUAGAAGAUGACAAGAAUCAAGAAUCAAGAGAAAUUGCAAAGGCAAUAACCGAGCAGAUGCGCGAAAAACUAGGGAAGCAUCGUAGGGAUGAAAGCUUGCUUUCUUCUGUGUUUUCCAAUGGCUAUGUUGGAGAUGAAAGUUCUUUUAAUAAAUCAGAAAUUGAAUAUGCAGCCGGAGAUAACAGUGAUUCAGAAGUCAUGUCUAGGCACUCAUGGGAUUGCGAUAAUAGGUAUUCUAGCCCUUAUUACUCCUUUUCAUUUAGCCGUGCAUCUUAUUCUCCACAUUCAUCAGUUUGCAAAGAAGCAAAGAAACGUUUAUCUGAGAGAUGGGCCCUGAUGGCAUCUAAUGGGAGUUGUCUUGGACAAAAAAAUGCGCAGAGAAGCUCAAGCACAUUGGGUGAGAUGCUUGCUCUUUCUGAGACAAAGAAGGCAGGAAGGCCUGAGGAAGAAGGUAGUUCCAAUGUAGAAUGUAGGGAUUCAGAUACUCACUUCAUUGGUGAUCAGAGGAAGGACGAGAAUGGGAAUAAUUCACCUCGGAAUCUCUUGAGAUCGAAAUCUGUUCCUGUAUCUUCUACUGAGUUUGCCGCCAGGCUCAAUGUGGUCACUCCGGAUCCAGAUAGUGGUGAUAAACCAGAGUUUUGUGAGGAGGCCGCUAAGACAAGAAGUAUUAAAACGUCGUUCAAAGGCACGGUUGCAAGUUUGUUUUUCUCCAAGAACAAAAAAGAUAGUAAAGAUAAAUCUAGCUCAUCUGAAACCCAUGUGGAAUGUUGCUCUUCUGGAAUGCUUUCUGGACAAAUUGCCAACAGUAAAAAUAAAAGUCUUAGCUAUAAAAUGUCCGACCGUUUGUCAACUCGUCUGCAGGAGCCAUCGAGUAUUGCAUCUUCCCCAAAUCAAGUUGGCAAUCAGGGCAUAAUAUCACCAGAGGCUGGAUUGUCCGUAGAAAGACCUGCUGCACCUGGAAAUCUUAGUGAGAACCAAGACCAACCAAGUCCAGUAUCAGUUUUAGAUCCAUUCUUUGAAGAGGAAGAACAUACAAAACCUGAUUCUACUGGUCAUAUCAAGCCAGACCAACACGGUCUUGAGUUUCCAGUUCAUUAUAUUAAAUCAAACUUGAUUGACAAAUCGCCACCCAUAGGAUCUGUUGCUCGUACACUAUCAUGGGAUGAUAUGUGUGUGGAUACAGCCUCUUCAUAUUAUUCAAAACCAUCCUUUCCUACACAAACAGCAGAGGAAGAAGGAAGAGAAUGGUUUUUCUUAGUUCAGACAUUAUUAACAGCAGCUGGUCUCAUUGGAGAGGUACAAUCAGACUCAUUUUUGGCUAGAUGGCACUCGUCCGAAAGCCCACUUGACCCAUCAUUAAGGGACAACUAUAUUGAUUUUCAAGACAAGGAAGCACUACAUGAAGCCAAGCGAACGCAAAAGAGAUCUACGCAAAAACUCGUCUUUGAUUGUGUCAAUGCAGCUUUAUUGGACAUUGCAGGAUAUGGGUUGGACACAUGCCGAAGAACCAAUGCAUCAUUAAAAAUGGUGGAUCAGGUUUGGGCCCGCGUUAGUACGCGGAUUUCUGGUGAUUUUACAGGCGACUGUGGGGACGAAGACGGUCUGUUGGUGGUGAGAGUGGUGAGAAAUGAGGUGACGGGAAAGGGGUGGGUUGAUUGUUUGAGAUUGGAGAUGGAUAUUUUAGAGAAGGAAAUUGAAGGGAAGUUGCUGGAAGAUCUUGUGCUGGAGGCUGUGGAGGAAUUGACAAAUAGGAUGUAG